GUCGUGCCCAAGAUUAAAGCCAAAAUGCCUUGCAGUUGAUGUUAUCAGGAGCAUCUUUGCUUCGGACAAGUAACUUUUGGAACUAGAGCUGUGUAUUUGGUAGGCAAUCAAUUACUGAAUUGUAUAGUACCAUCGAAGAUGUCAGAAAAAUUUUACUUGAACUCUGAUUUUUAUAAAAUAUCGACAGAUAUUAAUGAGAUUCAAAAAACUUUUGAAAUGAUCAAAUUGACAGAUUUUACAGAAAUUGUUCAAAUGGAACGAUAUCCAAGUAAUUCGACGCUGUUAUCGUUACCCUUAGAUCCUCCAAGGAAAAGGUACCGUGAAUUGUAUAAUAAAAGAAAUAAGCUAAAAACAAAAAGUGAGCCUAACCUGUUGAAGGAAGCUGAGCCGAGCAAGAGUUACUGCGGCGAUGACGAGUCUUGCAGUUCCGCCAAAGAGUUGAGUGUCCAUGAUAUCGAUAAACUUGAAAGCGCUGAAGAGAUUGAUCUUACCUAUCGGUCAUUGCCAGAGCGUGCUUUACCAAAAAAGAUUUCAAAGACUUCGCAUUUCUAUUCUAAACUAAAGGAAGGCUUUCUUUACAAAUUUGGCAGACACAAGCGGGAGAAAGAGGAAAAACUCGACGAGGAGUCUAGUAGGGUGAAGAAGCCAAUGGAACCACCAAAAUCGUUACUGCCAAAAUUGCUGACGAGCGGUACUGGCAACACCAACGAUGAACUACAUAGGGGAAUCACAAUACUAAGUGGGAAGUCGUAUUAUUUCCGAAACGGAAUAUACCUCGAUGAUCAGCGAAGUGAAUACCAAAUGUCAUGCCCUAAAACCAUGCAAAGUUUAGACAAGAGAAGUGAGAUUCAAACUCUCAUCCUCCCUGAAACAUCGAUGAUUCCUAUCCGAAAAGACUCACAGGUUCGUCUGAAAAGCUUGAAGUAUCUUCCAACCUCGACAAACAAAUCGAGCCACGCCGGAGAAUUCAGCGAAAGUCAGGAAGAGGGUACAGAAGCCAUCCGUUCUCUCUCUGUCGAUGUCGCUUCUUCUUCUUUGAACCUAAGCGAUGCCAACAGCAACAAUUUUGAAUCUUCGACAAAUGAAGACUCCAUGGUGUCUGAGUCCAAUACUAGAGAUAGGAUAGACGACACUGAUGGCAACAGUGAGUACUACGAUGACGAUGACCAGUAUGACAAUGAUAGUGACGAAUAUGACGAUUGCGAGCAACUGGUGGAGUCAGAGCUGGAGGACGGAGUUGCUACAACCACCGUCGCUCUUACAGGCACCACUACAAGAGUUUCCACAGUUCUGAUACGGAGUCUCCUUGGCACACAAUCCACCUCACAUAUCACGCUGCUGCCGCUGCCGUUACCAGCGUUAAUGCUGUCUCUUGACCAAGCUUCUUCAGCAUCGAACCCGUCUUCUACGUCGUCAUCAGGCUCCUCCUACUGCUCCAUCCUUCUCUCUCCGGAGUAUCUCCACAAACGGACACAGAGUGCCUGAGCCGAACAACGUCUUACGUCAGCGAAUGUCAUCGAGCGAUUGCUGCCAGAAGCAGCGGAACCGAAACAUAAACAAAGAAAGUCGCGUCCGCCCCUGCAACACGCAAAACGCGCCACGAGCGAGACCGGCAAAAAGAGAGAGGAGAGGGAGACGUAUGAAACGGUCUCUCACACUCUCAGUCUCACUCUCGGCCCCUCACAUUCUCACUCAAUUUGGUACGUCCAGAUCAAGAUCAAGCA